GACGAGUAUAGAAGACACAGUAUGAAGCCUUCAUUUGAUAGGCUGUAGAACGAGGACUCAAAUUGUGCGAACUGCAUGUUGUCUGCCUGUGCUGAGCUUCCAACUGUUGGGCUUUGUCAGAGACUCAAAUGAACUCUUAUGGCUUCGCCGUUGUGAAAGGGAGCUUCACUUUACAUCAUCGCAAAGACACUGUUUCUGAAAUCAUUACCGCCAGUCGCUAUGUGGAUGUUUCUAUUACUCUAUUCUGUUUACUUUACUGUAUUAAUUUCUGCAAACGAAUUAUGCCCAGACGGCUGUGAAUGCCAAGCAAAGAUUAUCAAAUGUAUGGGGCGAAAAUUGUUACAAAUUCCGAACGCCAUACCAAAGGAUGUAACAAAUUUGUGAGUGUUAUAGCUUUUACAAUAUUUCGUGGUUUUACAAUAUCAUCGUAUCUGUCGUAGGCUUCCCUUGAUACAUUAAUUUGUAGUGUCAACUUUCACUGUCUUGUGUAAAUUAAUGUUUGUCUCGUUAUUCAACAUGUUCGUGUCCGUAUAUAUCAUUCAAAGCCGAAAAAUCAUCACGUAAUUCGGAAUAGUGAUAAAUUCAUGCGAGAUUCACGAAGAGCCAGAGAGCCUUCCCCCACUCAUGAGUAAUAUAAAGAGUGCCCUCGAUUUACGUGAGGAUUUAUUGGUUUUGAAUGAUACCCUAGCUAAAUAAAUACAAGCCGAAAAUGCUGUAAGUUGUUGUCAGCAUUUUAAUAAUUUAUUUGGUAAUCGGCUUGCAGUAUUUGAAGGGCAAUGAAUGUUCCUAUAAUCGAGUUGUAUGAUAAUAAAUUUCAACGCAUUUGAUGCCUUAUCUUCGUUUGAGGUCGACCUUAUCGGGAGAUAUGGUCGUCAAUUGAUUCAACACUACAGCAAUACCUACAUAAUAAUUAUCGUCCACGCUUUGAAAACUCUUUUCUCUUAACGACAAUGCAAUGUAGUAUUCAAGUAGUGUAUAAUGACCGCCUUCUAUUCCACACUUCGCUUGCUUCGCUUAACCUUUAUACAGAAAGAUUUUAGGCGAGUUAUCAUAUGUCGCUUGCGUUGUUUAUCAAAUAUGGAAAGCAGAUGUACUCGUAUUUCUAUAAACAUUCAAAUUGGGCUGGAAAAAAACGCGAUAUGAUAUGAAAUAAGUCACGUCCUCUCGUGUUUUUAGCCAACUUAAGUUGUGGGGCGUUCUUUUAAGCAAAUUAAUCCAUUUUAAAGCUAUUUAUUUGUUACCGCGUCAUUUUAAACGAGGCCUUUAAGUCUUAUUUGUGGCGGGUGAUUAUUUAUGAUUUGCUGCCUGUAAUGUUAUGACAAGUAAAAUUAGAAGCGAUGAUUCGCGUUAGAGCGUCAUUAAUAAACGAAGCUUAUUGAGAAGAGUCUAGAGCGUUCGUUUCUCAAGAUUAAUAAACAAUCUUGCCUCGUUUUAUUUUGAAUGCUCAAAGGCCCGACCAUAUUGAGAUUCGGGAAUAUCCCGCUGGGAAUGGAGGCGAAUUUUGUCUUGUUCGUUUUAAUUUUGAAUUCAUGUCGAAGCAGCUGAUGUUAGUGAAGUAGCGUGUUGCCAUUUUUAGCAAAACAAACUUCCUUUCGCGCUAUAAACUAAGCCGAAAUUGUCGGCUGGUAAACAAUGUUUUCGUUUAUUUACAGUGCUAAUAAAAAUUCUCUAUAAAUAUGUUAGAUAGAAGUACCGUGCUGAGCUAAGAGAAAAAAACAAGUCCUAGACAUGUUUCAAAUAUUUUCGAACGCUAUUUUCUGAAGAUUUACGCUUCCUGUUCCAAUAUUGAACUAACGUAGUUUUUGAGUGCUCUUUGUAGCUGAGUGUGGUACUAAAACCCAAUAAUUUGUCGACUAAAGUGUUAAUUUUUCACACAAAUAUCAAAAUGAUGGUCUAAAGACUUGAGUAGAUAAAUAGGUGUUGUUAAUGUACUUGAAUUUAUGUAUUUAUAGGUCCAAAUCUCGUGUGAACCUUUGCAUGCGAACGCAACUCGUUAAUGUUGGAAGCGGAACUGUGCUUGAAUAGCGAUCAUUGACAGCUUGUUGUUACCUCUUUGAUUGAAAAUUCUUCCGAAACUCACAAAACUCCCUUCCUGUCGCAAUAACGUUUAUAACCCUAACAUAAACUUGAUAAAAUAAACUAUGUCUAUGAAUACGCCGCCUUCAUUAGGCUAGAUUUCAGAGUAGAUGAGUUUUUAAAACUAUGAUAAAACAUUUCAAGAUUGAUGUGUGGGCACUCAUCUUUUUUACUCAAGCCUACUUCUCAGCCUGCCUCUUAUACGUCUUAUCUCUAUGGGAGGUCAUAUUGAGCAGUGUCUCCUCACGAUUUGAAAAGUAAUCUAUCCUGCACGAGUUUCCGCCAUGUCAACUAAGUAGUGUUUCCUGAUUUAUCAUUUUGUUUAUACUCCGAGCGAAGGUAUUAAUUUUACACCCAACACUUUGUUAUUUUAUUUAAUUAGAUGGUCUUGUAUAACAAUUGAAUCAGUUGGGCGUCUUUCCCUCAUGUUAAUCAUAAAAAUUCUUAACCCAGUUGGAAUGGUGUAUUUUCCAAUCAGCCUUAUACGAAUAAUCGCAUAAUCCUAUUUCUCAAACAUUCCAAAGCAUUUGAUGACUUCGUAUGAUGUUCUAAUUCCAUAAUAUGAUACUUUGCGUUAAACUCUAAAUAAACGUGGCUUGGGGGCAUUUCCUCCGAGGAUAAAACGAUUAACUUUUCAGAAUUACACUCAAAUAUUUGAGCUGUCUGCUUACUAUUUGACCGCCCUAACUCAGAACUGUCUCGUUUAAAAAAAAGCUUUUGAAUUUUCCUUCUGGGAUAGUUCAAUAUUGACCAUUACAAUACAGUGGUAGUUUAUGAAGGGCGAAGGUUGUUCAUUUGAUCCUCAAAUUUGUACAGUACAAAAGUUAAUAUUGUUUUACCUAAGAAUUACCGCUGUUUUAUCAGUUUUUAGAAGGAGGAAAAGUCAAAACUUGUCAUGACCAAUAUUUCAUCAAACCCACACGUAAAUCUGUUUGAAGUGCCUUAAUCUCUAUAAAAACACCGUCUUUUGCCAAGAGGUUUCAAAUUGCAUCCAAAGCAGAGGAAGUUCAGUCUAUUUUGAUGCCAAGAAUCCUACACAAACAUGUAUUUUGAAAUAAAUCCUACACAAACAUGUAUUUUGAAAUAAAUCCUACACAAACAUGUAUUUUUACUUCUUGGUUCUCCAAGUUGCCAUUACCUUUUCAAGAGGUAGAGAUUUCUCAGAUUUAGAGGUCGAAAUCUUCGUUACCUCGAUAGCUUUCGCCGUUGUCCGUUUUACUCUACUAAGUGGCCUGUGGUCGGAAAUAGCUAGCCAAAAACGAGACCUUCUAUGACUUCUAAUAAAAAAUGCUCACGCAGACUAUUAAUCUCUGAAUAAUAAUAUUGGAAUUAAUCCAGAAAAAAUCAUUGUGGUUUUAAGAAAAACCUCGAUCUUGUUUUGUUAAUAUCAGAUUUCGACAUUGUGGGAGGGGCCGCUUUAAGAAGCUUAUGCAAAAUAUAUUUAUAUAUCUUUAUCAAAAUCUUACAAAAUUGGCUGUUUUAUAUAGAGACCUUAGUGGGAACAGAUUGUCCUUGUUUGAGAAUAACACAUUCUUGGAAUUUUCAAACUUAAUUGAACUGUAAGUCAUGUAGAAUUUUUAUAUUUUUUCUAUGAAUUUUAAUCCAGUAUUAAAGAUGCAUGACUUGUUUUAAUCCAGUUUUAAUGUUGACAAUUUGUUCCAGAAAUCUAAAUGACAAUGAAAUUAAAGAUGUAGCAAGCCUUGGAGAGUUUCCAAAGUCACUUCGUAUUUUGCAUUUGUAAGUUGCAGAAAUGUCAAUUCUAUCAUCUUCUAUUGAUGGCUUUUAGCAUUUAAUAUAGGGCAGAAGAAUUUUUAUAAACCAACCUGCUUUCCUUGUUUAGAAAAGGAAAUAAGUUGAAGUCAUUGGGUGGAAACUGGAUGCAGUUUACCAAACUGUAAGUUUUAUUAUAUGUCUUGUGUAGUGGCUAUCCAGUUUUAGUUCAAUUUAUGUUUAUAUAUAGCUCAGUGGCAAGGCUGUCCAGUUUACCUUUAUAUAUAUAGCUCAUUCGCAAGUCUCUCAGUUAUAUAUAUAUAGCUCAGUGGCAUGUACGUUAUAUAUAACUGGAGUGCCAUAACCUAAGCUUCAUAAUGUCCCUAUAAAACUAAACUAAAACUGGAUAGUCUCAAGUGGCCUCCUGUAGUCUGCCUCCUGAAUCCUAGCUUACUGUGAAAUUACAGUGAAAUAUUUAUUAUGUUUUUAUAGUGAUUUCAGUCAAAAUAGAAUUGAAGCCAUUGGCAAUGAAACUUUCAUGGGCGUUAGAAAUUUGACAGAACUGUAAGUACCUCAUGCCAGCCAAAGUAUUCAGAGAAUGAUUGCAAACAGGAUUGGAAUAAAACCAAACAAACAAACAGACAAACAAACAAACAAACAAACAAACAAACAAACAAACAAACAAACAAACAAACAAACAAACAAACAAACAAACAAACAAACAAACAAACAAACAAACAAACAAACAAACAAACAAACAAACAAACAAACAAACAAACAAACCAGACAGACAAACAGACACUUGACCAGUUGCCAAAGAUAGAGAUUGUGUAUUUUGUAUCAUAUCUAAAAUUUUGUAUUUUUCCUAGAAUCCUUAGUAACAAUCAAAUUAGAAGUAUACCUCCAACUGCACUGAAAGAUCUUCCAAGUCUUCGAAGAUUGUGAGUAUUCAUGUCUAUGUUGCUUGUCUAAGACUACUUUGCUGGAGCAAAUUACAUGCAAUACUACUUUUGAAGUUUAAUUAAAUAAAAUGAAUGACAUUAACCUGUAUAUCUUUCUAGGAAACUUGAUGGAAAUAACCUAACAGAAUUACCAGAAAUUAAAUGUCCAUCUUUAAAAACUCUGUAAGUGACCAAUGUAACCAUGAUCAAGUAUGUAGAUACAUGAUGCUGACUGAUUGAUUUUGUUGUUUCUAGGGAUUUGAGUGACAACAAACUGCAUACUAUUAAAAGUUUCACACUCUUCAAAAUUAUCCCUUCUGUAGAAGUGCUGUAAGUAUCUUCACUUGAAGUCUGUCUGAGAUGAACUGAUUACUGACAUUUCACUGCAAAAUAUCUUAACUGGUAACUGCUAAAUGAUGAAACAACAAUUUGCAACUGACAGUAUCUUACAAAAGAUCUUACUGAGUCUGAGAGCUGACAAUAAAUCGUAGAUAAUUUCCCACCUUGUGGUGUAAAGCAGAACACUCACUGGUUUGUUUUCUCUUCAUUCUAGCAAGCUGUCAAACAACAAAAUAAAAGUUUUAAAAGUUGCUACAUUCUCGAACUUAAAAGUAAAACGCUUGUAAGUUUUGCAGCUUUCAUUUAAAUUUCUAACGUUUCUGAGAAUUUAUAUAACGUAUGUUAGUAUAUCAAAUCGUUGUGUCAAAUUUCUUAGAAAUGAAACUAUUAUGAUUUAUUUCCUAGAUAUUUGAAUGGCAAUUUACUGGAAAGUGUUACGAGGCAAUGGAUGUUUGGGAUGAGAACUUUGGAAUAUUUGUAAGUGUGAAUGUAUGUCUGUGAAGUGUGAAAUGUUUUUUCUUGCCGUUAAGAAGAAAUUCGUUUAGUGAAUUGAGAAGAAUUGAGUUUAAAUGGUUUUAAAUUUUGUAAACUCUUUUUCUAUCCAGACGUCUUGACAACAACAAAAUAGCGAAUAUAUCUACUACAAGUUGGAAGGCCAAUUGUUGCGAAAAGUUGAAAUAUAUGUAAGUAGAAAAAAAUACAAACGAUAUAGUGAGUGCGCGAUGGAUAUCGUCCUGAUAUAUUAUUCCUGUUUUUAUGUAGAAAUUUAGCGCACAACAAUCUGAAGCGAAUACUGUUUGACAGUAAUAAAAACUACGAUGCAAAUUUUAUGAAUUUGGACAAAUUAGAGACUUUGUAAGUAUUAAAUUCUAAGGUCGUAAUUAGGGCGCUAAUUGACUCUUAAUGAUGGUGUUAAUUGUAACUGACAAGAAAGGCUUUUUGUUUGAUCAAUCUUAUCAGCCAGUCAUACGCCAGUCAAGUCAAUAUGAACGUCUUAAUUUUUUUAGAAACCUGGGUUCAAACAAAAUAUUUGAUAUUUCGGACGGUGCGUUUAAAGACCUUAAGAAACUAAGGAUUCUGUAAGUACACCAAACAUGUGUAGUUAAAAGUUCCUCUUCAAUCAAAGUAUCGUCAUGGUAAUUUGAUGAAAUGAUUUAUUCAUUCGCUGUGUGUUUUCUUGUAGGGAUCUUAGCAAUAACCGAAUAUCUCUUGUGGAAAACUCGACGUUUAAAAAAUUGCCAAGCUUAGAAAUGCUGUAAGUAUGCGAGAAGUUCAUGUUUUGUGGCGAAGAAUAUAGAAAAUACUAGACCUUCAUUUCUUUGUUACAGAGACAUGCGGAACAACCCUAUUGUGGAAGUGACGAAAGACGCUUUUACCUCACUAGAAAAGCUCAGAGAUUUGUAAGUACUGGAAACGCAUCAUAGCCAAAUUGGCAGAAACUUUCAGUGGAUUAUCGUGCCAUAUUUCGUCUUAAAACAUUAGUGGGUUUAACUAACCAUUAUCCAAUUUUCGUGCUGCUAUAAUUGUCACCAAUUCUGACGUUGAUUACCAUCUGCUGCCAAACUCGUACCCAGCGCUUCUGUUGCAUAUCAUGAGUACUGAAACUACAGCUGAAACCUAUAGCAAUAUAGACCUAUGUAUAUAUUGAUUCAUGUAUCUGUGCGCGUGAGGCAAGUCACAUCUUCAUUCUGUGUGUAUUGUUAUCUAGACGGAUGAAUAGUGAUGUACUGUACUGCAGUUGUAAAUUACGUUGGUUUUCACAAUGGUUAAGAACGAAAAGAUUUUCUCGUUCAAUCGGCUUCAAAUGCAACCAACCAAAGAAAUUAUCGGGCAUCGAUUUCACAAAAAUUCCCUUAAAAGAUCUAGUCUGUGGUGAGUUUUAUAUAAAUUUGGAUCUUUUUAUCACAUAAACUUUCAUCUUUUUAUGUAUAACAUGCAAACUGAGCACAUGAUAUUAAUAAAAUGUAACUAAAGAACGCGUUUGGAAUGUGCACGCAGUGACAAUUACUCAGAAACGAAUUUAGAACGCAGUUCCAACACACAUGCAUAUAGGAGAAAUGUGGAACGCAUAUGGCACGCGGUUACAUAACCACGUGUUACAGAUUUUUCUUGCACGCGCGAAGGUGGAACGCGGAAAUUUGGAACGCGGUUCGAACGCAUUUGGCACGCGGUUCAAACACAUAACCACGUGUUACAGAUUUGUCUUGCACGCACGAAGUUAGAACGCGGAAAUAACGCGGUUAUAACGCAAGUAGAGCAUAUUUGGAUCACGAUCCGAACGCAUAUAGAACCUUUCGAUUCGAACGUGUAACCUUAAUUAUAAGAGUGCAAGCAACGUAUCUUUAAUGAUGUAUUGAAAUAUCUUCAUAGACUCGUCUCGUCCAGAGAUUAUUGGCCAUCCAGAAUCCCAGAUUGCGAUGACAGGAGACGAAGUGAGACUGAGUUGUACGGUCAAGAAUGGUUCUAUAGAAGGACUACGCAUACUUUGGCAAAAAAAUAUGAACAAUAUUGAUAUGACUGAAUCCAAUGUUAUGAUAUUAACACAGGUAAAAAACGUCUUCGGUAUGACACAGCUACCUACAAUAUAAUAAGCUGUCGUGCGUUGACGUUACCGGCAAAAAUAAUUGAAACUGUCUUAAAUUUAUUUUGUUAGAAGCAAGACAAGUUUGAGAUCUACAAGAGUACCCUGUCCCUCAGACACGUGACCGAUGCUAAAGAUGGCGGAACAUAUCAGUGCUUUGUUCUCGCGGGAAAAGAAAGAAUCCCAUCACGCAUUGCACGAUUACGCGUUUUUGGUAAUACUUCUUCAUUCAGUUUUGUGUUAUUCGAGAAGAGUGCUUCCACUUUCACUCAACCAACGCAGGGAGAACAGUCUAGAACUGAUACAGCCUCCCAGUAUAAACAGAGUUACAGUAGCUUGGUAUAGAUUUCCUGCUGUAGUAACACUAGAACAAUAAGGAUCGCAGGGAGAACAGUGUUGUGUUGAUAUAGCUAUACAGUAUAAGGAGGCAUUCGUUCAUUUAGCGUCAUUAUACGACAAUAUAGUAUAGUAUGUUAACAUACUACGUAAGACUAAAAAUUUCUAUGUUUCAUAGUUUAUCCAAAAUUUACGAGAACCCCCGGUGACCUGGUAACCAACAUUGGCGACGACGUUCGUUUCAACUGUUCGGCCAGCGGACAUCCCGUACCACAAAUCUCAUUCAGAAAAGUGAAUGACCCACGUCAGCAAGCGGUGGAGGAAAGACGAAUAGGACUGGACGGAACUACAUUCAUCAUAAGAAAUGUCUCCCGAACUGAUGUAGGACUGUAUCGUUGCGUCGCGAAGAGUGAAGCUGGUGUGAUCAAUACGACUUUCACAUUGAAUGUUAUAGGUAAGGAUGACAUCUUAGCCUCGGUUCUUAGUAUGAUGAUUUCAUAGUGUGGACUCAACGACCUAAAUUGACUUCCACUACUACUACCAUUAACCAAUCAGAUGCGUUUACUCUAUCCGACUAAUCAAUCAGAUGCGUUUACUCUAUCCGACUAACCAAUCAGAUGCGUUUACUCUAUCCGACUAACCAAUCAGAUGCGUUUACUCUAUCCGACUAACCAAUCAGAUGCGUUUACUCUAUCCGACUAACCAAUCAGAUGCGUUUAAUUUAUCCGACUAACCAAUCAGAUACAUGCUAAGCCAGUGAGAGGUAGCAGUAGUGGAAGUCAAAUCUGAGCCUUUCUAAGAACGUUUACACUUGCAGUUUGUGCAGCAAUUUUCUACUUCUGGUGGAUUGAAACGAGUAGUUGAGUCCACUCGUUCACAUCCAUCAGAAGAAGAAAAUCGCACUAGAAAUCGCAGCAAAAAUUGCAAGUGUAAACGGGCCUUAAUAGAUCAUUGACUGAUAAUCUAUGAUGGAUUGUUUUUGGUCGUACUGUAUCUACGUGAAAGAUGUGAAACAACUACAGUAUAGAAGUGUUGGUAUAAUGUACUCAGGUGAAUCAGUAAGAUGCUUGUGAUGUUACUCUGCCUGGUGUGGAUAUACACUCAGAGUAACAUCACAAGCAUCUUAUUCACCUGAGUACAUUACACCAACACAGCAAAUAUCAUGAUUAUUAGAUUACAUUGAUAUCGAAGGAACUAGACUCAGUUCCGAAAUAUCACAUACUCGAACCGACCUGACCGCGUAGCUCAGUUGGAAGAGCAUUGGGCUAGUAUUCCAAAGGUCGUAGGUUCGAUUCCCACCGUGGCCAGGCAUAUUUUUCAAGCCUGCCCGGUGUGGAUAUACACUCAGAGUAACAUCACAAGCAACUAUAGAAGUGAUGUCCUAACAGACCAAUGCUAUCUUCCGCAGGUAAACCGGUGUCCGUUCAUAAAAUGUUUGAUAAAGUUACCUUGGUUAACGACGCCGCCAUGUUUGUGUGUGCAGCGAGUGGUUGGCCUCGACCUAGGUUCACCUGGUUUAAGGAUGGGAAAAUACUCGACCUUACAUCAAGUAACCUGCAGCUUCGCAACGAACGGGAUGCUCAACAUCUAGUGAUCUUACAUGUCGGGUACUCGGACGCCGGGAGGUACAAAUGUCGGGUAUCUAAUGUCCUGGGAUCUGUUGCAUUGAGUAGUCAACUUAAAGUCGUUAAAGAUCUUUCCGAGAAACCAGAUUCACCGGGUACGUUGAUUCUUGAAAUAUUUCUCUGGACGUUUUAACCAUGUGAGAAGAGUGCGUCCAGUCUGCAGAAGACCUAUCCAGUAUAAUUAAAGUUAGUUUAGGUUUCCUCCAGUAGUAACACUGGAUCCUUUCUGGACCUCAAGGGAGAACAGUUUAAACUUUAAAGCUGAUAGAGCUAUCCAUUAUAAAUAAAGUUAGUUUAGUUUAGGUUUCCUCCUGUAGUAACACUGGAUCAAUAAGAGAUGAUCCUUACUGGACCUCUAGGGAGAACAGUUUAGAACUGAUAGAGCUAUCCAGUAUAAAUAAAGUUAGUUUAGUUUAGGUUUCCUCCUGUAGUAACACUGGAUCAAUAAGAGAUGAUCCUUACUGGACCUCUAGGAUGGACAGUUUAGAAUUGACAGACCUGUCCAGUAUAAAUAAGGUCUAAACCUGAGCGAUGGAGUAAAUCCGGUGAUUGUUUCGUUCCAGAUGAUGACAGUGUAAGUCACAAGACGUUAAUUGGUGCAGUGGUAUUUACAGCCGCAUGUACAAUGGUAGUUACCACCUUGAUCUGUGUGGCUGUACUUCAUGUUAUAACACACCGAGGGUGCGCUUGUCUCACCCAACAUAAGACCUCGGAGACUGUCACCCUAGACUCGUACGCCACUACAAACCCAGAAAACCAGGAGUACGUCCAGAUGGCCGAUACCUUUCCGAACGAAUCACCUCGAUCUUCGUCAACUUUCGUAACAUCUUCGGAUUCCCAAACACAUUCCGACUUACAGACGUCAAGUUCCGAGAGUGGCUCAAGUAAGGAACAUCGGGAAGGCUCAUACGACGGUCGACAUUCAUCAGGAGUCUGUUCAAUGAACAGUAGUAAUAGCUCUUUGGCUUCGACUACAAAUCAUCGAAAUACAUUCCCGUUCUCGAAUACAAAGACAUAUCUGUACCCAGGAACUGGGGAGGAGUUAUAUGACGUCACCAACGCAAGUAAUGAAGUCAGUUCCACGCGUGGACUUCCCACGCCAAGAGAAUCAUUACAACUCCAAAUUAAUGAACAAUAUUAUCCUGGCAGACGGAAACAUAGGUCAUCACGUGAUAAACCGUCAAGAUCACGAGAGAGACACGUGAACAAGCGACGUAAGGGGACUGAGCAAGAACGGUUGCAUAUUAAUGAGCCACCAGAACAAACUAGCGCGACAGAUGAAUACAGGACAGAAUCUGUGACAGAAUCGGAGGGCACUGUGUUAUAGUUGCAGCUGCACUGCGUUAAAUACUACGAGUUAGGCUACGUUUCCACUAUACCAGAUACCUUUCCGUAGUGGCACAGAGUAGAGACAUACAGAGCUGUAACUGACCGUUGUAAACACUGCGGAAGCUUACGUUAUCAUGUACCCACUUUUUUCAGGCGACCAGACAAAAAAUGAUCAACUGCGCGUGCUCAGCAAGUUUAAAGUGAGUCGUCAUCAGGUAGUCAUCCAAUCAGAUGCAUGCAUCUAGUAACUUGCCGAGCAUGCGCACAAAAAAAGUGGGUACACUAGUUACGUCUCUGUAUGUCUCUACUCUGUGGUAGCGGCGCGAGAAAGCGCCUAUCCGAUACGGAAUGUACAACUUUCACAAGCUGAGGGAGGGAAACAACAUUUCUCUGUUGCAAUAAUUCCUCUGAAAAUAGCGUUCCUACAAUUAACAGAUAGGUGUUUUUUCACGUCGCUACGGAAAGCUGUCCGUACAGUGUAAUUCUCUGUACCCAUCCAUUCCCAAACGUACAUUUUUUAAAUAGCGGUUUGCACUUUAAAUUGCCUUUAUGUAUAUAUGAAAUAAAAUUUGUCGUGUAAUCUAUAUGUG